AUGGAGCAUCCUUUUUUUGGCAGCGAUUGCAGGGGUGGCUUCUUUGCUGACCAGUUUGAAAACCUGGCAAAUUUCCGGGCCCACUAUGAGUCCACCGGUCCCGAAAUAUGGGAGCAGACUGGAGGCAAUGUCCAAGCUUUUGUCGCCGCCGCGGGUACUGGUGGUACCUUGGCUGGGAUCUCACGAUUUCUGAAGGUUUCUCUCGUCUUCUAUCGCUUUUCAGGCAUACUUAUCGUCGUUAAAAGUUAUCAUUCGAUCAUCAAAUCGUUAUCUUCCUGAGAAAUCGCUAGUCGUUUUCUGGUAUGUAGAGCAGAAACCCAGAUAUCAAGUGCUUCCUGGUUGAUCCUCCUGGCUCGGGCCUGUUCAACAAGGUAACCAGAGGAGUGAUGUAUACAAGAGAAGAGGCCGAGGGGAGAAGGCUGAAGAACCCAUUUGACACCAUCACCGAAGGGAUUGGGGUCAACCGGCUUACCCAGAACUUCUUACUGGCAGAGCUGGAUGGCGCGUACAGAGGCACAGAUAGAGAGGCUGUGGAGAUGUCCAGGUUCAUAUGAGACAGAUUACCCUGGACCCUAAACCCAUAUCCGUAUUAGGCAUGAACCCAUUUAUUGGUGUUUAAUCAAAUGAUAUGUCUGUCCAACCCUUUAUUUCUUAUGAAUUUCCCAUGAAGACGAGACCGAUGAGUCUGAGUCUUGGUUUUCAGGUUUCUUCUGAAGAAUGAUGGGCUGUUCGUCGGCAGUUCAUCCGCCAUGAACUGCAUCGGGGCCGUCCGGUUGGCACGGGAGAUGGGGCCAGGCAACACAAUCGUCACCAUCCUGUGCGACAGCGGCAUGAGGCAUCUCAGCAAGUUCUACGAUGAUAAGUACCUCACAGACCACGGCUUGCUUCCUUCUGCCUCUGGCGUGGAGUUCUUAGACUAG